CUAUUCUCUUCGCGGUUGAAACUUUGUACUGAGGGGUCGCAGGCUUAUCCUCGAUCACCUCGCUAUGCGGCGGAAAGGCAUUAUAGCUGAUCUGGCGGUGGAUCGGCUCGAGUCCGUCGUAGGUGCCGUCGAGUGUCUCUUGCUGCUCUGGUUCUGGGAUGUGGUCCACGCCCUCGAGUGCAGAGACAUGCUGCACGAGGGACAUGUUACGCUAAGUAGAGUGAGAGGAAACCCGCCGGCUGUGAAGAUGCAGAGAUUGAAACUGGCAAAAAAUCAGGGAGGUGGAAAAAACUUGGAAGUGAGGAGGAGGGUGGUCUUGUAGUACUCCGUAGUCUCGUGGGGCCGUCGGCUCGGUCGAAACUUCUCGAUAUGCGGAGUCUGGGCUGGUCUACGCGAAGCUGUCCAUCGUAGAUAACGCCGCAUGAAGGAAUCGUAAGAUAAGGGCUUUUUUUUUUGCUCUCCUGGAGGAUUGGAUUGACAUACGUCUACGUCCCGUCAUGAUUAUGUGCGAGAUAGCUUUUAGCUUUCAUUGGCUGUUCCUCUUCUGGGCUGCUUUCUACUGGGUCGCAAGUUGCCGUGGUUGGAAUGCGGGGCGACAGAAACGUCCGAAGUAUAUAAAAAGCAAGCAUUAAAGUUGGAUAAGACUAAGCCACGUACGGCUUAGAAAGGGUGCAUAUUAUUCGCCUAUAAUGCUGGCUGUUAAGGGGUGUUAUGUCAGUGUGCUCUAUCAGAUGAUUUGGUUGCGAGAUGAUGAGAUGACGUAGAGGGUGAAAUGCAGGCUGUGACGUAUUGCCGCGAUCCCUUUUUAAGAUUUCGACAACAACGUUUCCAGAACUCUGUCCAGGAACAAAUCUCAUCAUUCCGGCUGUUUCUCAGGUACUUUAGUAAUCCCAUCAUGGCUUCGCUAACCAUCAACGCGCCCGGCGGUGGCUUUCUAUACUCCAACUCGAGAAACGCGCGACUCAUCAUUAGCGCGGAAACCGAGGAUUUCGACUCUGAAUUCGUGCAGGCAUGGCAGAAGGAGGGAUUCAGUGUCAUCUAUGUUCCAUUCACAGAGGACGAGAAGGAAUACGUCCGUCGCUUAAUGGCCGUCAAGGAGGGCCUUGGGGUCGGAGACAACUAUGGUGUUAUUGCCUUCGGCGACGCUGCUUCUUUCUGUCUGGAAUACUAUCUCAAGCCAAACAAUGUCAGUCGACUUUGCGCAUUGGUCUGCUACUAUCCAACGAACAUUCCGGACACUCGCUCGCGAUACCCUCCAUCAGUAAAGAUUCUCACCCACCUGGCUGGCGACACGAUUGACGUCACUACAACUCCAACCCUCCUUGGCCUUCAGGGCAAGAAGAAGCGCACAUCCAGACGGAUUGAUCCUGGUAUCGGUACCGGAGAGCGCCUGCACAUCGGACACCGCGCGUACACUUACUUCGAUGCGCAGCCUGGCUUCGCGGAGGUGGACUUGGAUGAGUACAACCGCCUCGCUGCCGAUCUCGCCUUUACCCGGACGCUCGAUGUACUCCGUUCGGCCUACGGACGCGACACAGACCUGGAAAAGUCCUGGGAGAACCACCUGCAGGGCAAAUUCUUCUCAAUGGACAUCAACGAAACUAUGGACGAAUACGUGACCAACCUCACCCCCAACGUUACAUACGGCCCAACCCUAAGCGGCGGCACAGGCACGCGCGCCCUUCGCCGCUUCUACGAGCAGCACUUCUUCGACCACCUCCCCGAAUCCAUGCACCUCCGCCUUAUCUCACGCACCAUCGGCGCCGACCGCAUCGUCGACGAACUCUUCGUUUCCUUCCAGCACACCCAGGAAAUCCCCUGGCUCCUCCCGGGCGUGGGUCCCACAAACAAAAAAGUCGAAUUCAUCCUCGUCAGCAUCGUCAGCUUGCGCUCGGGGAAACUCUACUCAGAGCACGUGUACUGGGACCAGGCGAGUGUUCUCGUCCAGGUCGGUCUGCUUGAUCCCAAGCUCGUUCCGCAGGGUGUGCAGGGCGUCGAUCGGCUGCCGGUCAUCGGACGGGAGUCGGCGCGUCGUAUCCUGAAUGAGGAUCCCGAGGUCGAUGAGCCCGCGUUCCAUAAUCGGCUGAUUAACCGUGGGAAGAAGCGGCGCGAUAGCAAGGCCGCGAGCAGCGCGCAAGAGAGCCAGGUGCAGUCCGAGGCUGAGAGCACACCGCAAAAGGGAAAGCCCACUGGCGUAGAGAAUGGAAGGCAGAAUGGUGAGGCCCAGGAGGGAAAGGGAAUCCAUGAUAAUGAGAUUGAAGCCGAGGCCGAUGCCGAGGAUGAGGCUGAGACUGAGACUGAGACUGAGACUGAGACUACCGGUGCUGAUGCCAAUGGGGCAGAGGAGAAUGGUACUCCUGAGACGAAGGAGAAAAAGAACAAGAUGAAGAACAAGUCCGAUGCAUGACUGCGCUACGUGAAACGCCUUUUCGUUAUUGUUUUGUAUACCCUCUUAAUGAUUCUCUCUCAUCCUUACGUAUGAUAUGUUAUGAUUGCAUGUUAUGGCUGCCAGGUUGUUAUAUUUAGCUUAGCAUUUGUCUUCGUGUCCAGUCUGCCUUCUUGAGUAUUUAAUAUAAUUCUCCACUUAUAUACUACAGUCUACUCCGUUCACAUUCCUAGCUCCACCUCAAAUGCCCAAAUACGCUCACCACCCCUUCCAAGGAGCCCACGCCUCCCUAACAAUAUCCUUCUCAUCAGCAACAAAAUACACCGGAAACGCCGACGCCGUAAUACAAGCAUGCUGGCACCAAAGCAGCACGCGAUCCCCAAUCCUAAACGUCUGAUCUGCCUUUUCCUCCGUAUCAACCUCAUUAUUAUUGACCCCAAGCACAGAGAGCGCCGGUGCGGCCGAGAGUCCCAAUAUCCCAUGCUCCUGACUUGUCCGUACAACAGCCCACUGUGGUCUGUCGAUUACGCGGCCGUACCCAGGGAGAUCGCUCGUUUCCUUGGAGAGUGCGAUUGUGCCCGCGUUGAUGAGCGCUUCGUUGCGCUCGGGAUAGACGCUGCAGACUUCUGUGAGAACGCGGACGGAUUGGGCGGUUGCUGGGAUGAGGCCUGUGCAGACUUGUUGGAGGUCGUUGCAGGGGAAGUUUCCUAAGUUUUG